AUGGCCAACAAGUCCGUUUCGGCCGCAGCAACUCUCUGGGGAGCGACGCGCAUAGAAGACCGCACCGGCUGGAAAGCUACGUGCAGCAGCAAUGGCACGGACAGCACGACGGGCUGCGACAAAGCAAUCGAUGCUCGCGGAAAAGAGACAGAUUGGAAAAGUGCGAGCAAGCCGGGUGCCGUUCACUGGAUCGUCAUCGAUCUGGCGAAAGAAGUCAACAUACAUAGCCUCGCCGUGACACCGAGCAACAGUUGGGAAGCCGCCGGAGGGUCGGUCCGGAAACAUGGGGUCGAGGUUCGUACACAAACCGGCGACUGGCAGACCGUUGCCUUCGGGGCCUGGAGAAAUGGUAGCAUAGAGACUGCUGCGACGUUUGAGCCUCGCCCAGCCCAGUUCGUGCGUCUUUCGGUGCUGGAUACACACAAAGACGCGGAUUUCGUCGCCAUCAGCGACAUCAACGUCUACACUCUCCCUGCCGUUCCAGCCGCUGUGGCGGGCGGAGGGAGAUGGAACUACACGCUGAAUUUCCCCCUGGUGCCCGUCACGGCCUUCUUGAACCCGAUAACCCACCAGCUGGUGACCCUGGCGUCGUAUGCACCCGACAAGUUUGUCAAGGACACGUACAAGUACACGGUCCUAGCCACGUGGGAUCCACCGAGUGGAAAUAUGACGGAUCAGUUUCUCGGGCAAACGGAGCACGACAUCUUCUGUCCCGGAACGUCGAUGGAUGAGAGAGGCCAGCUCAUCGUCACUGGCGGGUCCACCUCGGACGUGUUCAGCAUCUACAACCCCAGCCCCGGGCGCGGAUGGGAAAAGCCCAAAAACAACAAGGUCGCAGUCUCGCGCGGAUACCAGGGCCAGACAUACCUGUCCGACGGCAGGACCUUCAUGAUCGGGGGAACCUGGUCGGGCGGCAGCCCAGACGAAGACAAGAACGGCGAGAUAUACGAUCCGAACAACGGCGGCGGCUGGACGGAAUUGCCCGGCAUCGCGGCCGACUACAUCAGGAUGAACGCAAGCCAGAGCUGCGACACGCCGCAGACGUCGAAACCCUGCUUCGUGAAUGAGUGGCGGCAACACCACGCGUGGCUAUUCGCCUGGAAGAACGGCAGCGUGUUCCACGCCGGCCCUUCGGCGAGGAUGAACUGGUUCUUGGUGAAGGACUACCCCGGAAGGGUCGAGCUCGGAGGCUACCGGCGAGACGCGGCCAAGGGCUUCGCCGACGGCGACGCCGUGUGCGGCGCCGCCGUCAUGCACGACGCCGCCAACGGCCGCAUCCUCACGGCUGGCGGCGCUCCCAACUACCACUACUGGCACGACCCCAACAACAAGGACCCCAAGGCCGGGCACCGGCGGGAAGCAACCACCAACGUGUUCAGCAUCACGCUCGGCGCGCCCGGCCGCGUCGUGGAGCCGACGCAGCUGGCCUCGAUGAAGCACCAGCGCAUCUUCGCCAACGCAGCCGUGCUGCCCAACGGCGACAUCUUCGUCGUCGGCGGCCAGCGGCAGGGCGAGCCGUUCUACGACGACACCUGGCAGCCGGUCCCCGAGAUCUACACGCCACAGACAAACAGCUGGCGCGACGCGGCGCCGCACUCCACGCCGCGCGUGUACCACUCGUGGGCCAUGCUGCUGCCGGACGCGAGCGUGCUCGUCGGUGGCGGCGGCCUGCAGCGGCCCGAGACGGACCACUACGACGCGCAGAUCUACCAGCCAUCCUAUCUCCUCACGCCCGACGGCAAGGACGCCAUCCCAGACACGCAGCGGCCCGCCAUCAAGGACGACGGUGUGACUGAGUACAAGGUCGGCGACACCCUGUCCAUCGUGACCGACGGCGACGUCGACGACGCGAGCCUGAUCCGCUACAGCGCGGCCACGCACGCGCUGAACAACGACCUGCGGCGCAUCCACUUGACUCUUCAAGGUGUUGGCAGCAAGAACUACACUGCCGCCAUCCCGUCGGACCCGGGCGUCGCGCUGCCGGGGUACUGGAUGCUGUUUGUGCUGCGCAAGGGCGUGCCCAGCCACGCAAAGACCAUCCGCAUCCACACUUGA